AUGAGUCCAACGCCUCUUUUCGGGAUUGCAAGAAUUGACGUAUCUGUCCACCAUAAAAAGGUAGAAACCAGGAAGCAUAGUGCAGGCAUAUCCAAUGCCAACAUGAAGUACAAAGAAGAACCCAUAGGACUAAUCCUGUUGACAGUGCUAAUUCUCCAGCCACAUUGGAAAGCCAGUGUUUUCCCAUUUCAGCAUCUGAAUUUGCAUAAAAAGAUAAAUAUAUACUCAAAUACUGAAUUUCACACAAAUCCUAAUUCGCCCCCCAACUCUCCCUCUGUAAGGGUGAUUCUGAAUGUGGGUGCUUCACAUUUGGAGAAUUUCGCGAGUUUGGAGGAGGUUUCGAUGGCAAAGGGGGAGAUUUUGAGAGAUGCAAUGCCAGGGGACAUUUGUGUUUUGAAUGCUGAUAACCCUCUUGUCACGAGUCUUCCUGUCCCCAUGGGUGUCAACAAGGUUGUCAUACAUGUGAAGAAGAUACUAUUUAUGGCCAAUUCUGCAUGCAUAAGUGCCAUGCUUGGGAUAUCUUCAAAUUAG